AUGAAGAACAAGACAGACUGGCACAGGAAGAUCGUCAGAGUAGUAAAUACCCCCCAAAGCUACACUUCAAGGAUAAGUUCCACAGAGGAGGAAGCUCUGCAUCGAAACUUGUUCAAAAAGCGCUCAAAGACCGUCUGCUUGACCCCAACACGCUUUGGGCCUAUGAAGAUAUCAUCGACCCACAUCCGACAUCCGCUUCCAACGAGUAGGGAAAUACCUGGCGACGGUGGAAUACACCUCUUCACCUCGCGCUUCUUUGCUUUGAUUAUGAGUCGGCUAGGAUCCUCCUGCGUCACGACGGGGAUCCGAAUAUCUACAACGCAGAAGGACGUACUGCUAUUCAUGAGGCUAUCAAGCUUCACAACAUCGAAGCUAUCCGUCUUUUUAUCCGUCACGGUGCGGACCCGAACAAAGCCUCGCACGAUGGACUGGUUCCGCUCCACGCAGCUCUUUGCGAAGGAUACGAAGAAGUGCUUUUCACCCUGCUCGAGAACGGUGCCACCUUGGAGGCUGCCGCGCAUUACGAGUGGUCGAUCACGGACCUUGCUUUGCUAG